AUGAACGCUGUAAAAGUAGUUGUUAAGAAUGUUCCAGAUUAUGGAGCCUCUAGAGAAAGAAAUGAUCUUGGUUUUUUGACAUUUGAUCUCAAAACAGAUCUGUCACACCUGUUCAACUGGAAUGUUAAGCAGUUGUUUUUGUACCUCACAGCUGAAUAUGUUACGCCUAAUAAUGAACUCAACCAGGUUGUACUCUGGGACAAAAUUAUCUUAAGAGGAGAAAAUGCUGUACUAGAUUUCAAGAAUAUGAACACUAAAUACUAUUUUUGGGAUGAUGGAAAUGGUUUAAAGGGACAUCAAAAUGUGACACUAACACUUUCAUGGAACAUUAUUCCAAAUGCUGGUCUUCUUCCAAAUAUUCAGGCCAUUGGUCAGCACUCCUUCAAAUUCCCUACAGAAUACACCCAGACAAGGGUAUGA